GGAGCCUUGAGAAAGAGGGAAUGGCUCCUGUGCUGACAGCCAGGCCUGGACAGGAAUCAGUGACAUUCAAGGAUGUGGCUGUGGAAUUCACGCAGGAAGAGUGGGUACAAUUGCACCCAUCUCAGCAAAAGUUGUACAGGGAUGUGAUGCUGGAGAACUAUAGGAACUUGGUCUCUUUGGGAUUUGCAGUUUCCAAACCAGAUGUGAUCUACCAGUUGGAAAGAAAGGAAGCAUCUUGGAUGCCAGAGGCAGAUAUUCCCAGAAGCACCUAUCCAGGGAGGGAAGAAUUUCCUAGAGAAAAACCUUAUGAAUGUAGUGUGUGUGGGAAGGCCUUCAGGACUAAGACGCAACUUGUUGUACAUCAGAGAGUUCAUACUGGAAAGAUUAUUUAUGAAUGUAAGGAGUGUGGGAAGGCCUUCCAUUGGAACUCAGAUCAUAUUAAACAUCAAAGAAUUCAUACUGGAGAGAAACCUUAUGAAUGUAGUGAAUGUGGAAAGGCCUUCAGAAGGAAGCCACAACUUACUGUACAUCAGAGAAUUCAUACUGGAGAAAAACCUUAUGAAUGUAGUGAAUGUGGGAAGGCAUUUAGGAUGAAGGAAUAUCUUACUGUGCACCAGAGAAUUCAUACUGGAGAGAUUCUUUAUAAAUGUAAGGAGUGUGGGAAGGUUUUCCACUACAACUCAGGACUUAUUCGACAUCAAAGAAUUCAUACUGAAGAGAAGCCUUAUGAAUGCAGUGAAUGUGGGAAGGCCUUCAGGAGGAAGCCCCAGCUUAUUGUACAUCAGAGCAUUCAUACUGGAGUGAGACCUUAUGAAUGUAAUGAAUGUGGGAAGGCCUUCAGGAGGAAGGCAUAUUUUACUGAGCAUCAGAGAAUUCAUACUGGAGAGAAACCUUAUAAAUGUAGUGAAUGUGGGAAGUCCUUUAGGAGUAAGACACAACUUACUGUACAUCAGAGAAUUCAUACAGGAGAGAAACCUUAUGAAUGUAAGGAUUGUGGAAAGGCCUUCCAUCGCAACUCAGAUCUUAUUAAACAUCAACGAAUCCAUACUGGAGAGAAACCUUAUGAAUGUAGUGAAUGUGCAAAGGCCUUCAGGAGGAAAGCAAAACUUACUGAGCAUCAAAGAAUUCAUACUGGAGAGAAACCUUAUGAGUGUAAUGCAUGUGGGAAGUCCUUUAGACAGAGGACACAACUUUAUGUCCAUCAGAGAAUUCAUACUGGAGAGAUUCCUCAUGAAUGUAAGGAGUGUGGGAAGGCUUUCCUCUACAACUCAGAACUUAUUAAACAUCAAAGAAUUCACACCGGAGAGAAACCUUAUAAAUGUGAAUGUGGGAAGGCUUUCAGGAAGAAGUCACAUCUUACUGUCCAUCAGAGGAUUCAUACUGGAGAGAUUCUUUAUGAAUGUAAGGAGUGUGGAAAGGCUUGCCACUACAACUCAGAUCUUAUUGUACAUCAAAGAAUUCAUACUGGAGAGAGACCUUAUGAAUGUAAUGAAUGUGGAAAGACCUUCAAACAGAGGACACAACUUACUCAACAUCAGAGUAUUCAUACUAGAGAGAGACCAUAUGAAUGUAAUGAAUGUGGGAAGACCUUCAAACUGAGAACACAUCUUGCUCAACAUCAAAGAAUUCAUUCUGGAGAGAAACUUUAAGAGUGUAAUGCACGUGAGAAAGCCUUUAGACUGAGGACACUACUUUAUAUCCAUCAGAGAGUUCCUACUGGAGAGGUUCCUCAUGAAAUGUAAGGAGUGUGGGAAGUACCUUACAUCUGUUGAGGGAGAAAUUUAACAAGAAGGUAAACAGGCAUUUCCCCAAGCGUUUGUCAAUAAAUGGGUCAAUGGCUUACCUCUAUUUAUGCCAAAGACCAGAA